AUGAAAAGAUAUCAAAAAGUUUUCAUUACAUUCACAUUCUUAAUGACUUUUUGGUUAUUAUUAGUAUUAGAAAAAAUUCAAUUAAAUUUAUCACCAUCUAUUCAAUCAAUUAUACCAUUUUUACCAUUAUAUGCUGUAGUUUGCUUUGGAAGUUAUUCAUUGGGUGUUAUUGCAUACAAUCUUUUAAUUAUGAGUGAUUGUAAAGAGGCAUCUGAAAGUUUAUUUGAUGAAAUCAAAGAAGCAAAAGAAUCAUUAAGAGCAAAAGGAAUGAAAUUAUAA